AAUCAAGAAUAUCCUUAAAAUUUAAAUCUAAGGAAAGAAAAAACAAGCAGACAAGAGGGAAUAACUAUAUAUACGGUUGAUGUCUUUGGAAAGCUGUGAUUCGAUGAAACGGUAUCUAAAGUCGUACAGAUUUCCCAAUCCCUGCUUCUGUUUUUUAGCGGUUAUGACAUGGGAAAGAGUUUGAGAGUUGGGAGGCCCAUCCACAUUUCACUUCAAUUAUUAUCUUCCCUUCAUUUUUUUCCAUUAAAUAUCGAUAGUGAGCUUUGUCUGAAAGACAAAAAUACAACCUAUUACAUUGGCAGCCUAAUGAAUUAUGGCGGCCGCUUCAGCUUUUCCUCUUGUUCAACUUCAUUCAACCAAACUCAAAUCCACUGCUUUUCAUUUAAAAUCUUAUGGGACAUCCAAGUUUGGAAUAGUAAAGUGUGGGUCAUCUUCUAAUGGGAGAGAGCCUGGUUCAGUUGACAAUGGUGUUAAAAGCGUGGAGCGUUUACUUGAAGAGAAACGCCGGGCUGAGUCGCCUGCUAGGAUUGCUUCUGGAGAAUUCACUGUUCAGAAAUCUGGGUGUUCCUGGUGAGAUUCUGGAAAUCUUAUUUAAAUGGGUUGAUGACGUUGAAGAUUAUCCUAAGAUUCCAAAGGCGAAAGGGGGAAUUAAGGCCAUCAGGAGUGAGGCCUUCUUCCUCCCCCUGUACGAGCUUUAUCUCACUCAUGGUGGAAUUUUCAGGCUAACCUUUGGACCAAAGUCAUUUUUGAUUGUUUCUGAUCCUUCUAUUGCAAAGCAUAUAUUGAGGGACAACUCGAAGUCUUAUUCAAAGGGUUUAUUAGCAGAGAUUUUGGAAUUUGUCAUGGGGAAGGGACUCAUCCCAGCUGAUGGUGAGAUAUGGCGCAUUAGAAGACGUGCUAUAGUCCCAGCACUGCAUCAAAAGUAUGUAGCUGCUAUGGUUAGCCUAUUUGCACAAGCUACCGAUAGGCUUUGCCAGAAGCUAGAUGAUGCUGCAACUGAUCAGGAAGAUGUAGAAAUGGAAUUACUUUUCUCUCAUUUGACAUUGGACAUUAUUGGCAAGGCAUUAUUUAAUUACGACUUUGAUUCAUUAAGAAAUGAUACAGGCAUAGUUGAGGCUGUUUACACUGUUUUGCGGGAAGCAGAAGAUCGAAGUGUCUCCCCAAUUCCAACCUGGGAGAUCCCUAUUUGGAAAGACAUUUCACCAAGACAAAGGAAGGUUGCAGAAGCGCUCAAAUUGAUUAAUGAUGUACUAGAUGAUCUGAUUGCAAUAUGCAAGAGGAUGGUAGAAGAAGAAGAGCUACAGUUUCAUGAUGAGUACAUGAAUGAACAAGAUCCUAGUAUUCUCCGCUUCCUGCUGGCUUCAGGAGAUGAUGUUUCUAGUAAGCAACUCCGUGAUGAUUUAAUGACAAUGCUUAUUGCUGGGCAUGAAACAUCAGCUGCUGUUUUGACAUGGACCUUCUAUCUUUUAUCAAAGGAACCUAGUGUUGUAUCCAAGCUCCAGGACGAGGUUGACUCUGUUCUAGGAGAUCGAUUUCCAACAAUAAAUGACAUGAAGAAACUCAAGUAUACAACUCGGGUUAUUAAUGAAUCUUUGAGGCUCUACCCACAGCCACCAGUCUUAAUUCGUCGUUCUCUUGAGGAUGAUGUGCUUGGAAAGUACCCCAUAAAAAGGGGUGAAGAUAUUUUUAUCUCUGUUUGGAAUCUGCAUCAUAGUCCAAGUCUCUGGCAAGAUGCAGAGAAGUUCAAUCCUGAAAGAUGGCCGUUAGAUGGACCAAACCCCAAUGAAACAAACCAAAAUUUCUGUUACUUGCCCUUUGGUGGAGGACCUCGGAAAUGUGUAGGAGACAUGUUUGCAUCUUUUGAGACUGUUGUAGCAGUUGCAAUGCUUGUUCAACGAUUUAACUUUCAAAUGGCGCUUGGAGCUCCUCCAGUUGAGAUGACUACUGGAGCAACUAUCCACACAACGGAGGGGCUGAAGAUGACAGUUACACGAAGAAUAAAGCCUCCAAUUAUCCCUGAACUAGACAUGCAGAGAUUGAAGAUGGAAGCAUCUGCCAAAAUUUCUGAAGAAGUGACCCCCCAACUUGGUGAGAAAGGUGAAGUUUCUCAAGCUCAUUCAUAACUAGGAUAGCUUGCUACAUUUAUCUUCAUUACACAAUGCAUAUGUAUCAAGGGGAAGUAAUAUUGGAAGACAGAAACAUUGAGAGAAAGUUCAUAAAGAUUAAGUAUACUUCCCCUUCACUAGCCGUUUAAUGCAAUCAGAAUAGUCAUUGCUUUACAACUUACUUUUUAUUUUUCGGGCAAAUGGCAAAUUACUUAUUUUCAAGAAGUACAGGUAUUAUCAUCUUGCAAUAAAGUCCUUACAAAUGAUUAUUUGGGUUUCAAAAUAGCUUUGAGGAUGUACUAGAAAAAAAAAGAAAGCUUUGAGGUGAACAAUAAUUAGGUACAUGCAAGUAAACUGGUUCCAGAAACUGAGAGGACAUCUAUGGUAAAUUGAAUGUUUUCUCCA